GUUAUGGAAACUACCACUUUUCAGAUCUCUCUUGGUAAUUUAGUUUUUUAAGUAAACUAAUCUGUUUGCUUGUGCUUACCCUUUUGGUCUCCAAACAAACAACACUGAUUUUUCUAUUGAGACACUAUUUUGAAGCCAUGGAGAUGUCUAGUCAAGAUGAGGAGAUGCCACUUCCUAUAAGCUCUACUUAUGGACAUGGUCAAAUUAUUCACCAUGAUCCCAUCCCACAGCUACAAUUACAAAACCCCAUUGUGCCUAUCUCAGUGUCUCAAGCUCCAAUCAAUGAGGACCAUGUGGCAGUGCCAUACAAGAAGAUGGUGACAUACAAGGAAUGUCUUAAGAAUCAUGCAGCAUCCAUAGGAGGAAAUGCAACAGAUGGGUGUGGUGAGUUCAUGCCUAGUGGAGAAGAAGGCAGUCUUGAAGCCCUCACAUGUUCUGCUUGUCACUGCCAUCGAAACUUUCAUCGAAAGGAGCCAGAGGAUGAAACAAAACACCCCAUGUCUUCUUAUGAAUGUUACCAGAGGAAACUCAUGCUGGGACAUCAUUUUGGGACUCCUGGUUUUGUUCCCCCAAGAGCAGCACAGCCCCACCAGAUGAUCAUGUCUUCUUAUAAUAUGAUGAUGGGGUCUACUCUGGCUUCAGAAUCUGAUGAGCAAGAAGAUGGUGGGGGGAACAAUGUUCAUGCAGGGUAUGGAUAUGGGGGGAGACCAGCCCAUUUGGUGAAAAAGAGGUUUAGGACAAAGUUUUCACCAGAACAGAAGGAGAAAAUGCUCAACUUUGCUGAGAAAGUUGGGUGGAAAAUACAGAAGCAAGAGGAGAGUAUGGUGCAACAGUUCUGUCAAGAAGUUGGAAUCAAAAGAAGAGUUCUUAAGGUGUGGAUGCACAACAACAAGCAUAAUCUUGCUAAGAAGAACCUCACUACCUCUUCUACUGAACCUCCUGCAGUUCCAAUUCAGAUUCAAGAUUAAGUAUGAUUUUAUCUCUAUAUAUAUCUAUUUUCUGUGUCAGCUUUCAAGAUUUCUCUAGUUUCUGCUCUUAGAGUGAUCUUGAUAUUUAAAGACCAUGCUUAUGUAAUGUAGUUAAGGGAAUUGAGAUUUAGUUCUGAAA